AUGUCUGAUUCUUUUACCUGUACCACUUCUCGUUCUACGCGUACCACUACAGAUUUAAUGGACAGUACAGCAGCUUGGCUCUCGUCACGUCGUGGCUUUUUAUACAGCAUAGAUGCUAUUCACUCGUUUAAGGUGUUUAAUGAGCUAUUUUUGUUACAGCACUCCAUGCUCUACUUUUUCCAUCAUUACGAGCUGCCCGUGAUACUACAACAGGCUCAACUGCAACAGCUGCUACUUCGCACUCACCGUGGAAUGGGUAUGAUGCCCAUAAUGGGCCUGGCAGGCAUCGCCGCAUUAGCCAGUGGCGCAGCUUACCAUGAUGCCCCAGGUACUGGCAGCCAAGCGACACCACCGACAACCCAGUCGACCACUCAAACCGUGCAGAACACAGUCCAAUCUACCACCCAGACGUCCCCCUCUGUAUCGACAGCUCAAACGAACACCACGCAUACAGGGGACGUGAUCUCAUCUAGGACAACAGCUACAGAAACAAGCGCUACAGGCACCAAUACUGCCUCCAACGAAAACGAAGAAACAACUGUCAUUACUGCACCUGACAAAUAUAGCUCUCCAGCUGGAGGAGAUAAUAUCAGAAUUGAAGAAAUCGCUAGGAAAACUUCAAGUGGUGACGUCACCGUUUCUUCCAAUAGUAACCCCACUGUGGCAAGUUCUAUCGCUCACAAUGCGCCAAGUGGGGCUAAUACAAUCGCAAAUAAUGUCAGUGAACAAGACGAGACUUCAACUCUAGAUCGCAGACGUAAGAAAAGCGAUGAACAGAAUUCAGACGACCCUCCACUAGAGAUCGAAAAUACGUCUACAGAAAGAUUAGCCCCUAGAGCGUCCCCUUAA